AGUGUCUCUGAUGAGUAAUAAUGGACGGCGAUAGGGAGAAACAAGCACACGAUGGGCUUUUGAACAUUUUAAACGCUUUAAACACACCCGGUGGAUGCUCGAAAGGAUUGCCGCUGGACGAGGCGAGUCUUCAAGAGCAUCGGCAGCUGCUGCACGAUAUUCGGAGGGGAGCAGGCGAGGCCCUUGUCAUCACAGCCGGCCGAGUGCAACAGCUGCUGGCGGAGGCGGACCAGAGGCAGGACAAUGACCUGCUGAGGGCAUGGCACCUGUGGCUAAACGAGCUGAUCCUGAACAGGCGGCUGCUGCUGGCCCGACCAAAGCUGCUGGUGGACUGGCUGCUGGAGCGGGCGGCUCUGAAAGGUGUCGCGGAAGAGCUGCAGCUUCUGCACACCCUGCUGAAAUCACUGCCUGUACAGGCUCUGCAGCCGUUCUGGCCAAUUCUGUCGAUUCUGUCCCAGCCGCAGGACGUGGAGGCAGCCCUGUUGCUGGUCAUGUGCCAGGAGACGGUGUAUGUCGAGCUGGGAGAGUCGGAUGACCCGAAGCUUAGCCAGUAUCUGGCCAACAACCUGCUGCAGCCACACUACGAGGGACGCUGGGUGUCCUCCCAGUCGGAGAAGCUACCCCUGCUGCUGGCCCACACCCUGCAGCUCCUACAGAAGAUCGUCAGCAAGAAUUGUGACUACGCAGAGCAGCACGUCCCGGAGCUGAUGGGCUACAUUUUGGCCUACCUUCCGUAUGGCGCUUGCGGCGAGUAUCCCGCCAAGCUGCACGUGCCGCGGCGGGUUCAGCCUGCCCAGCAAGGUGCUGCCUAUGCCACCGAGGAGGAGGAUCAACACCAGCCCACCAGCAGCCAGAGCAAGUCCAGCUCCGGCGGCAAACGCAGCAAGGUACGGAAGGUGCGCACCCGCCAAAAGCAGAAGAGCGGCCCGUCGGGUGAGGCAGGUGUCCACAACAUGCCGCAGGACCGACUACUGCUGCUGAGCAAUCUCGACUACGGCUGCCUCACAGGCGACACGGAGGCGGGCACACCCUCCGACUCGGAAGCGCAGCUGGCGAAGGCAGGCGCCUCGAAGGCGCUGCGGCAGCUGCUGGCCAGCGUGAGAAUCUCCGCCCUCCACCUGAUGAGCGCGCUAACCAAGCAGCUGCCCCGCCGCUGCCUGUACGGCUACUGGCACGCGAUCUUCCCCAGCGACGAGGACUCGCAGACGCAGCACCAUCUGCUCCAUUUGGCCAAGUACGAUGGCAAUUCCCGCUGCCGCGCCCUCGCCCUCCAGCUGGCCGGACAACUGCUCUACGGCUCCAAGGGAUACCUGAGCCAGGCCCACUCCAGGGGACCCUCGACCUUCACACCGUUUUCCGUGAGCCUGGCCAGAUCCGUGAUGACCGUCUACCGUUCGCUGACGUAUAUCCUGGAGCGCGAGUACGCCCCGCCCGUGCUGACGCAGUGCCUAAAGUGCCUGGCCAUUCUCGUGCAGGCCACGCCCUUCGACCAGCUGGAAAUGGGCUUUGUCUACGAGUUCGUGCUGCCCGUGAAGAGGCUGGCGAAGAGCGGAGGGAACACGCCGGUGACGGUGGCCGCCCUGAUGGUGAUGGAGAUGCUGGUGGCGACACCACGACUGACACAGGAGAUGUCCAGUGCCGUGGGUCUGGGCCCUGCACUGCGCAUAGAGGCUCAAAUGGAUUGCCUCCAUGUGGAACAGGAAGAAGAGCUUGAGCGGGAGCGUGAGCAUUUCUGCGAGGAGCUCUGCGAUUCGGAAGCAGAAGAAGAGAACGACAACGAGCAGGAGCAGCAACCGAAACAGGAGCAAGUGGAAGCGGCUCAGGGGCUGAUUGAACCGUCAUCGAUACCGCGCAACUCGUGGCUCCUGCGCAUGGUGCUCCGCUAUUUGGGCUGUCCAUCGACGGAACCACCGCUGCGGCUGGAGUGCUACCAGGUGCUGCUGGCCAUGACCACACACAUUGGACUGCUGCGGAAGCAGCUGGCACACCUCGGGCGGGCCAUCGCCGCGGGCCUCAUGUGUGCCAAUGCGGACGUUCGACUGCAUGCCGCCCGCUGCCUGGACUCGAUGGGCUACCAGAUGGGGCGCACCCAGCCGGAGCCGUCUGAUCGAGAGCUCGAGCUCGCCUUCUGGCUCGGCCUGCUGCCUCACAUUUUCAAGGCCUUCAACGCUGAGGCGGCCCCCGGCCCCCUCAAGAGCGCCCUUUGCGACUCGCUGUCGAACAUGGGAGUCGUUACCUUCGAGGAUCUGCCCACUGGGCAGCGCCACAGUCUGGUGGCCUUCCUUAGCGGCUGCAGCAGCGACGAUGCCGAGGAGCCCCUGGUGCGGGCGGCCGCGCUGCGUGCCCUGGCCGUCUUCGCUCAGCAUCCGUCGCUGAAGGCGAACCUCGUGUUCGUGGAGAAUGUGGCAGAGCUGACGCUGCGCCUCACCAGCGACUCCCAGGUGGCGGUGCGGAUCAAGGCUGCCUGGGCCCUGGGGAACAUCAGCGACGCCCUCCUGGCCGGCGUCUCUGGCAACUCGGAGCGUGUCUAUGAUGAGCUGCUCGACCGCCUAAUCCAGACGGCCACCAAAUGCUGCAGCGACCACGACAAGGUGCGGGCCAAUGCGGUGCGGGCCCUGGGCAAUCUCCUCCAGCUGCAGCUUCAGCUUCUGGCUGGCUGGCAGCGCCCAGACGUUGGCCAGGAGAAGACGCAGGCACAGGCGGCCAUUAUUAAGCUGCUGGAUUGCAUGCGGACAGCGGGCGGGGCCAAGGUCAAGUGGAAUGCCUGCUACGCCAUCGGCAGCCUGGUCAAGCAUCGGGAGUUCUUCUCCGGCAGCGCAGGCCUGGGCGACCUGCUCUUCCCCUCACUCUGCCAGCUGAUCGUCCAGCACGCCAACUUCAAGGUGCGCAUCAAUGCCACGGCCGUCCUGCUGCAGGUGGAGCAGCGCGCGGACUUUGACUCGCACUUUGCGCUCGUGUGGCGCUCGCUACUGGAGGCCCUAGAGCGCUCCAAUGCCCUGGACAGCUUCGAGGAGUACAACCAUAGGGACGGACUGCAGCAGCAGCUGUGUCUGGCCAUUGUCCACCUGCUGGCCCUGGCGCUACCCAACGAUCUGCCCGCCUGUCAGGCGGACCUCGGGCAGCGUGUCGACAUGGUGGUGCCCAAUUGGCGGCGCGUCGCCUACCGCAUGAUACCCGAGCAGUCGGCGCCACUCUUCACCUGCAGCCAGCUGCUCGAUCAACGACUUCAUUCCGCUGCCGUCAUGCAGCGUCCAGCCCUGAACUUCAUAGUGAAGACUCUGCGACUGGACUCGUAGCAAAUCAUCCAUGAUGCCCAGUGGUAUCCAGUUAAUGCCACACGCUUUACACAACAGCAA